AUGGAAAUUACACAUACAGCCACUGUAGUGGUACUAAUCGUUGGCGCAGAAGUAGUUAUUUUUGUUGAUAAGAAGUCAGUGAUGAUUGUAGGAGUUUUCGUCGAAGUCAUAGUGAAGGUACCAGCAGUUGUAGUACCACUGAUAUUCCAGGGUGGAUUGAUGAAAGGAGAUAUGAAGUUACUUAUUAGGGUAGUACUUGUAACUGCAUAUGUUGUGGUUGACGUAAUGGUGCUUGCUUUUGUAGCCGAUGUGAUGUUGUCCUCUGAAGCUGUUGGGGAUCCAGAUUCGUUAGCUGUGGCUUCUUCUACAGUCAAUAUUUCACUCGUUGAUGAUGCAGCGCCCUCGGUCGGAUCUUCUUUCAUUGCUGAAGUGCUUGCACUGGCAUCAUUUGUAGAAGGAAUGCUGCUUGUUCGCUCCGAACUGUCUGAUGAUGUCAACAAUGGAACAUCACUUGUUUCUGAAUACCCUGGUGAAGUCAGUAUAUCACUCGUUGAUGAUGCAGCGCCCUCGGUCAAAUCUUCUGCCAUUGUUGAAGUGCUUGCGCUAGCAUCAUUUGUAGAAGGAAUGUUGCUUGUUCGCUCAGAACUGUCUGCUAAUGUCGACAAAGGAACAUCGCUUGUUUCUUCUGCAUACUCUGGUGAAGUCAAUAUUUCACUCGUUGAUGAUGCAGCGCCCUCGGUCGGAUCUUCUGUCAUUGCUGAAGUGCUUGCGCUGGCAUCAUUUGUAGAAGGAAUGCUGCUUGUUCGCUCCGAACUGUCUGGCGAUGUCUGCUUGCGCUGGCAUCAUUUGUGGAAGGAAUGUUGCUUGUUCGCUCCGAACUGAAUAUCGCUUGUUUCUUCUGCAUACUCUGGUGAAGUCAAUAUUUCACCCGCUGAUGAACCAGCGCUCUCGGUCAGAUCUUCCCCUAUUGUUGAUGUGCUUGCGCUGGCAUCACUUGUAGAAGGAAUGUUGCUUGUUCGCUCCGAACUGUCUGGUGAUGUCAACAAUGGAACAUCACUUGUUUCUGAAUACCCUGGUGAAGUCAAUAUUUCACUCGUUGAUGAUGCAGCGCCCUCGGUCGAGUCUUCUGCCAUUGUUGAAGUGCUUGCGCUGGCAUCAUUUGUAGAAGGAAUGUUGCUUGUUCGCUCAGAACUGUCUGCUAAUGUCGACAAAGGAACAUCGCUUGUUUCUUCUGUAUACCCUGAAGGAAUGCUGCUUGUUCGCUCAGAACUGUCUGGUGAUGUCAACAAUGGAACAUCACUUGUUCCUUCUGUAUACCCUGGAGAAGUUAAAAUUUCACCCGUCGUUGAACCAGCGCUUUCGGUCAGAUCUUCUGCCAUUGUUGAAGUGCUUGCGCUGGCAUCAUUUGUGGAAGGAAUGUUGCUUGUUCGCUCCGAACUGUCUGCUAAUGUCGACAGAGGAAUAUCGCUUGUUUCUUUUGUAUACCCUGGUGAAGUCAACAUUUCACUCGUUGAUGAAGCAGCACUCUCG